GUAUAUUUGAUAUUCGAUAUUCUUGAGAAAAAAAAUGAUAUAAUAGAAUAAUUACUAUUCUAGUCUACAACCUUAAUAAAAGUUCUUAAUCUCUUCACAUUAAUCUCAUUAAGUUCUCCGUAUUAAUCUUUUAGAGAAAAUAAAUUCAAAUUAAGAUUUGUCAGAAUUAAAUUCAGCAUUGGCAAAGUGCUCUAAUCUCUCAAAUUUGACACUUGAUCUUGGUGAAAAUAGUAUUGAUGACGAAGAAGCAUCAGGAUUAGGUUUUAAUUUAGCAAAUUGUGCUAAUCUCUCAAAUUUAACACUUAAUCUUGGCAUUAAUAAUAUUGGUGCAAUCGGUGCAACAAAAUUAGUUUCUGGUUUGGCAAAAUGCACUAAACUCUCAAGCUUGACACUUAAUCUUCGUAACAAUUAAGUCGGCGCAUGUUUAGAUUCAGCUUUAGCAGGCUGCAUGAAUCUCUCACAAUUGACAUUUAAUAUUAAUUGGAAUCGUAUUGAUGCAAAGAGUGCAGCAGAUUUUGCUUUUGGUUUAGCAAAGUGUACAAAUCUUAAAAUUUUGGAACUUUAUUUCGAACAUAAUUAUAUUGGAGAUACAGGUACAUUGGCAUUAGCUUCUGCUUUAAAGAAUUGCACUAACCUCACAAAUUUGACACUUAACCUUAAGGAUAAUUAAAUUAAUGAAAAGGGUGCAUCAGAGAUAGCCUAAGCUUUAGUAAAAUGCACUAAUCUCUAAAAUUUGAAUCUUAAUUUCAAUAAUAAUCUAAUUAGUGGAAAAUAAGCAUUAGAUGCUAUUUGUGCUUUAGUAAAUUGCACAAAUCUCUCCAAUUUGACACUUUAUCUUAUAGGAAAUUAAAUUAGUGAUGAGAUUGCUUUUCCAAAUUUAUUUUCUGCUUUUGGAAAAUUCUUUACUCUCCUUGGAUUUAAAAGUAAUUAAAUUAGUGACUAAGAUGCAUCAGACUUAGGUUCUACUUAGACGACAAAUUGCACUAAUCUCUUAUAUUUAAAACUUGAUCUUAGUUACAAUAGAAUUGGUGCAAAGUUUAUAAAAGGAAUAAGUGAAGCUUUAUAAAAGUUCGUUAAUCUCUCAAAUUUGACACUUUAUCUCAAUAAUAAUUAAAUUGAUGCAAAUGGAGCAACAGACUUAGGUUCUGUUUUAGCAAAAUAUACUAAUCUCUCAGAAUUGGUACUUGAUCUUAACAGUAAUAAAAUUGGUGAUAAAGGAGCAUUAUGCUUAAGUUAGGCUCUAUUAAGCUGUACUAAUCUCUCAAGUUUAAAGCUUAAACUUUAAAGUAAUAAAAUUAGUGCAAAGUUUGUAUCAGGAUUAGGUCAUGUUUAAGCAAAUUGUACUAAUCUCUCAUUUUUUGAACUUGAUGUUAGCUAUAAUAUAAUUGAUUAAAUUAAUUUAUCUGGCUUAGAUUCUACUCUAUCAAAGUUCACUAAUCUCUCAAAUUUGGCACUUUAUUUUGGAAGUAAUAAAAUUAGAGCGAUAGAUACAACAUACUUAGGUUAAGUUUUAGCAAAGUGCACUAAUCUAUCAAAUUUGACACUUUAUCUUGGCGAAAAUCAAAUUUGUGAUGAAGGUGCAUCCGGAUUAGGCUCUGGUUUAGCAUGCUGCGCUAAUCUCAAAAGCUUAACACUUAAUUUCUAUUGUAGUUAAAUUGGUUCAAUUGGUAUAUCAGACUUAAGUUUUGCUUUGACAAAUUGCACUAAUCUCUCAAACUUAGAAAUUUCUGUUGGUUACAAAAUUUCAAAAUUAAAGAAUAAACUAAAAUAAUAAUAAUAAUAAUAAUAAUAAUAAGAAGAAGACAAGUAAGAAUUAAAAGCAAUAAAAUAAAAUAAAAAGCUUUACUAAUUAAUUUCUUACAAUUUUUCCUUAUAACUAACAUAAUGUAUUUUCUUCAAAAAACUGAAUUAAUGUGUGAAAAUUUAACAUUUUAUUUUAUGUAAAAACAAUUUUUUUGUUUUAGAUUAUAAUUUCUUUCAUAAUAUAACAUUAAUUUAAAAAUAUAAAAUGUAAUAAUUAAUUUAUUUAAUGGUAUUUGAUUCUUUUUUUUCUCUUAAUUCACUCAUUUUAAAAUUUUUAACAUUUAGUUUGGUUAUAAAUUAAUUUCUAAUCAUAAUUUCAAAUCUUUUUAUCUUCGUUUGUUUUUUACUCAUAACUAAUGAAAUUUUCUUCAAUAUUUAAAAGUGGUAAUUAAAUUUGUGCUGA